AUGGCUUCUCAAACCGUGAAUGAAACAAAGAAAGCACAAGCCAAGAGAGCACUACGUUCCCUAGCUGUAGGUAUUGCAGUCCCUCUCAUCCUCACAUUGACCAUAAUCAUCCUAUUUGGUUCAGGUCGCAAGUACCGUAGCUUGGUCAAGCCCUUUUGGUUUGCACCACUUUGGUUCAUUCACUUGGCCACGUUAGGGUCAUCUUUCUUCAUGGGUCUCGCGGCUUGGCUAGUUUGGGCUGAUGGAGGGUUUCAAGGGGAAUCAGAUGCAUUGUCUCUCUACGUAGCUCAAGUCUCUCUAAGCAUUGUGUGGCACCCCCUUGUGCUUGUUAUGAGUGCAUAUUGGCUUGCUUCGGUUUCUUGCCUUGUGAAUUUUGGUACCCUCUUUCUGUGUUAUUUGAGGUUUAAAAAGGUCAACCCUUUUGCUAAAGAUCUGGCCAAACCAUGUCUGGUAUGGGCUGCAUAUCUUACUCUUAUUAGCUUCAAGCUAAUCUUUCUUUGA